CAGGUAUGUGGAACUGUGAUGUAGCUGAGUCGGUGCAUGUUUGAUAUCAGAUGGAUUUCAUAACUCUCCACAGAAAAACAUACACCUCUCCUGGAGCUCGAUCGUCUUUAUGGGUCAAUCUAUAAAUCUUAUGGAUUAGGUCCAAUGAAAGCUCCCUCUAUGCUGUAGCUACCACUAUAUAAUCAUCAGAUUUGGGAGAAUUAAUUAUUAAUGUUGAACUAAAUGGAUGAUUAUUUGACCAAGUUGAAUAUAUGUACUCUUUGUUUUAUAGCAGUUUAAGGCGGCCGGUCAUCAAACCAUGACUGAUGUCACAGAUAGACCUGACCAAUGACCGUCAGUUUACUCAGACAGAGUUUAUCUGAAGCCACCGACGUUGGACUGGAAUUUGCUUUUUUUUACUCGAGCGGAACAAUAGAGUGAAGACAUGAGCAAACAGUGGGCAGCGUUUGUACUCAUGCUGAUUCAGCUUCACUGCUGUGAUUGCUGUCCUGAUCUGUGCCAGUGCUUCUCACCUGCAAAGGUCGUCUGCUCAGACGAGUCCAUGAAAGCUUUACCUGUCAACAUCUCAGCGCAGGUGAGAGAACUGAUUGUAGUGGCGUCGGGCAUCACACUUUUGGACGGCAGUUCCUUCAGAGAGAACCUCACACUUACUAAGCUGGUCGUUCUUAACAGCCUCGUGAAAAAGAUCUCAUACGACGCCUUCGACCGUCUGCUUGAGCUGCAGGAGCUGGAAAUCAGUGGAAAUUAUUACUGGUUGACUUUUGAGGUGCAGACCUUCAGCUCGCUGGCCAACCUUACGAGACUGUUACUUAACAACAAUAAGAUCAGCACUCUGAACGCUGGCAUUUUCGACUCUUUGCACAAACUGGAAACGCUGCAGUUGAGGGGGAACGGCUUGUCCCAUUUGCCCAGUCUUCUCUUCCAUCGUCUUCACAAACUGCAGGAACUCGACCUGUCCUUCAACCACAUCAGCUCCGUCUCAGCGGAUGUUUUCCAGAACAACUUGCUCCUGAGAGCGCUCUCAAUGCAGGCCAACACCAUCUCACAGCUUCCGGAAGAGAUCUUCACCCGCCUGGAUCACCUGGAGGAGCUGAACCUCCGAAGCAAUCUCAUAAGCAACCUGAGCGCUGAAACAUUCCCAUCCGGUUUGCGGAAGCUGAUCCUCAAGAAGAACGCACUGGUGCAGCUGCCCCACACCAUCUUUCACAAACUGCAUCAUGUUACGUAUCUGGACUUGUCUCAGAAUCAGCUAUCCGGAGUCCCUUCGGAUCUCUUUCAGAACCUCAUCUCGCUGAAAAAACUGGAUCUGUCUGAGAACCGGAUUACAGCAUUGCCUGGCUCUGUCUUCAAUGGGCUGUUUAGUAUAAAAGCCAUCUAUCUGCAGAAAAACAAACUGAGCUCGCUGGAAGUGAACCUGCUGAAGGACCAGCACGAUAUAGAGCAGCUGUACCUGUCCAUGAACAGCCUGCAGAGCAUCCCACAAGGCUUCUUCGAUGACCUGGACUUCCAGUGCGUGGUCCAGCUUCACGGAAACCCCUGGCGCUGUGACUGUGGGUUACAGUACUUCUUUGACUGGCUGAGGUACAACAACAGGAACGUGGAGGAUCCGACCAGGGUUUACUGUGAAGCUCCUGAGGGUAUUCGAGGACACCGCCUGGUGUCUGUGAACAAGGAACAGCUCGCCUGCGGGAAAAACUCCAGCUCUGAGUUUCAAGGCUCCUCUGCUCCAAACGUCACUGAGAUCCUGGUUGAUGGCGAUGAUGAUGGUGCGAUUCGUUGCUCACUCCGUGAGGUCAAAGGCGUGGCAUCCAUUCAGUGCAAAGUCACUAAAUGCACCAGCGUGAAGUUUCAGGCUCUUUAUGAAUUUGCAGAUGGAAAUAAACAGGAGAGUUUUAUAAGUGAGUGGCCAGCGCCUGUGGGAUGCUCCAAUGGGACUGUUUAGUGCUUUUAUUUAACAGCACAUACUGUACAGAACCCUUAAUGAGUUUUUGCUGUAGUUGUACAAAUGUGAAGAACUCUUCUUCAAAA